AUGCAGCGGGCUUUCUUCAGCAGGGGCGCGCUGUUCGCCCAGCAGACAGCAGUGGCUCUUGAGAGUCCCCUGGUCCCCCGGAGCGCGCCUCUGCUGCAGCGCCUGGAUCGCUCCAUGUCCUCCGUGACCAUCCCGCCGCCAGCAUGCAUGCUCCGGCCGCUCGAGGCGCCUUACCGAUACCUGUUUGGACCAGGACCCUCCAACGUCCCUCCACGGAUUUUAGCUGCAGGCGGCAGGCCAAUAAUUGGUCACCUGCACCCAGAGAUGUAUGAGAUCAUGAAUGACAUUAAGAGAGGGAUCCAGUACGCGUUUCAGACGGAGAACAACAUGACUAUUGCCAUGAGCGGUUCCGGGCACGCUGCCAUGGAGUGUGCGGUGUUCAACACUGUGGAGCCCGGAGAGAGUGUGCUCGUUGCCAUCAACGGAAUCUGGGGAGAGCGCGUAGCAGAAAUUGCGGAAAGAAUGGGUGCCAGUGUACAUACAAUGGUAAAAACACCAGGAGGAUAUUUUACCAAUAAGGAAAUUGAAGAGGCCAUUGCAAAAUACAAGCCUGUCCUGUUUUUCCUCACACACGGAGAGUCCUCUGCUGGCCUGUGUCACCCAGUAGAUGGCAUUGGAGACAUUUGCCGAAAACAUAACUGCCUCUUCUUGGUUGACACAGUGGCAUCUCUGGGGGCAGCACCAAUUUUCAUGGACAAGCAAAAGAUCGACAUUCUGUACUCGGGUUCUCAAAAGGCUCUGAAUGCUCCACCCGGCACGGCACCCAUAUCCUUCAAUGACAGAGCAUGCCAAAAGAUGUUUAACAGGAAAGUAAAACCAGUAUCCUACCUCUUUGACAUGACACAUUUGUCCAACUACUGGGGCUGUGAUGGCAAACCAGCCAGAGUAUACCACCACACAGGCCCCGUGUCUUCAUUCUUCGCCUUGAGAGAGAGUCUGGCCAUUCUUGCUGAGAAGGGGCUGGAGGAGUCCUGGAGGAAACACAAGGAGGUAGCAGCCUACCUCUACAAGGGACUGGAGGACUUGGGUCUUAAGCUCUUCAUCCCAGAUAAGGAUAUGAGGCUUCCCUCUGUCACCACCAUUGCCAUUCCUGAGGGCUAUGACUGGAGGGCUCUGCUGACCUACAUCAUGAAGCACCACCAAAUGGAGAUGACUGGAGGCCUCGGUCCCUCCAUAGGCAUGGUGAUGCGAAUUGGAUUGAUGGGAUACAACUGCGAGAAGGCCAAUGCUGAUAUGGCACUGCAUGCUCUGGCAGACGCCCUCAAGAACUGCAAAAAGAGCAAAGCAUGA